AUCUUCUUUCCAGAUCAGGCUCAUAUACCCUUCUGUACUUUGAAACAGUUAACACCAUCAAGAUGCAAUUCAAGACCCAAUCUCUUUUCCUUGCCCUAAGCACUCUGGCUGUUGCUAGCCCUGUGCCUGGAGAUGGUGGCUAUGGUACCACCCCAGCCCCAACCACUGUCACUGUCACCGCAGGUUACGGUACUGGAAAGACUAUCACCGUCACAAGCUACACUACAGUUGUCAGCACAGCACCGGGCUAUCCAACAACAGUCACAGGCCCUGGAAAGACAGAAACUAUUACCGUCACUGACAAGGGUUACCCUGUUACAACGACCAAGACCGAGACAAUUACAGCACCAGGAUAUCCGGUAACUGUUACAGCCCCAGGUUAUCCGGUGACUGUUACCGGUCCUGGAAAGACAGAAACGAUCACUGUCACUGAUAAAGGCUACCCGUAAGUUCCGGCUUAUUCUUAUAUUACACCUGAAGUGUUGAG